AGCAAAUUUACGCAUAACAGGUUUUUCGCACUGAUAUUUCAACCAUGGAUAGCUGUAACUUAGUUGACGAAAAUACAUCUCAAUUAUCAGAAAUUCAAUCAUUUUAUAAUGAUCAAACAAUAUUUUUAACUGGUGGUACUGGAUUCAUGGGAAUUUUAAUACUGGAUAAAUUAAUAAGUAUUUAUUAUAUAUAUGAAGCAUUGGCAUAUAUUAUACCAACUCUAAAAAAUAAAUUAAAACGUUUGAAUUAUUUUAGGAAAGAACACAAUACCUGCAAUGACAUGAAAGCUGAURAUUUAGAAAAAGAACCAUUAACUGAACCACCUAUUUACAAUUUCGUAUCAUCAAGUGUCAAUCCAGUGACAUGGGGAGAAUUUUCGACGUUGAACAAAAAAUAUGGAUUUGAAGUGCCUUCUGUAAAAGCGAUCUCACCAAUUCUAUUGAGAUUAUCCAAAAACAAAUACGAAUACCAAAUUUUAUGUUUAAUUCUCCACAUCAUACCUGCAUUUAUACUUGAUUCUUUAGCCAAAAUCGUCGGAAAGAAGCCUCUAUUAAUGGAAGGAUAUAGAAAACUGCACAAGUUCUCCGAAGUCAUAUCCUACUUCAGUUUAAAAUCGUGGACAUUCAAAGAUAAUAAUACGAGGUCUUUGAUACAAAAGUUAUCCAAAUUAGAUCAAGCACUUUUCAGAUUCGAUCUUACCAAAAUGAGCUGGAAUGAAUACUUCAAAAAACACGUAAUAGGUAUUCGAACGUAUAUUUUAAAGGAUCCAAUGGAAACGUUAUCAGAAGGAAAAAAAAGGAAUCUAAAAUUAUAUAUUGCAUACUACACAUUAUUAUCCGUUUUAGCGGUGUCAUUACUAUUAAUACUGUACGGAAUUUGUAAUUUAUUUAUAUAACAAAAAAAUUAGUGUUAACUAUACUAGAAUCUCAUAUUUAUUUUAUAUAAUAUUGUACGAUAAAAUCUAAUUAUCAUAUUAAUAAUUUUUCUUUAUUUUAACUAUGUCUACAUAAUAUUAUAKUGAGCAUUUAUAAUUUUCCUUUUUACUUUUUUUGAUGUCUACAUUGAUUUACUUGUUACUUAAAAAUAUAUAUUUAAAAAAAAAUUUAAA